GCCAAAGGAAUUACUCGAAGUCGGAGUCUCUCGGACAACGGCACCCGCUCGCGAUCGCGGGUGUCAAUUGGUUGCCACACUACCUCCACACCACCCGAACGCCGGCCAGCUAUAGCCCAGAGGAAGCCAAGCCAUGGAGCGCCGGGCCAACCACACAGCCUCGCCCUCCAUGACGAAGGCCACGGCGGCGGCCGUGAUCGCCUCGUCGCCGUCUCCCCCUCGGCCGCCGCCUGCCGCCGCGGGGGCGUGGGGCCCCUACGCCAGCUCCCGGGCCUUCUUCUCCAACGUGGCCACCAUUCUCAUCAUCCUGGCCUGCGUCUCCCUGCUCGCCUUCGCCCUCCACGCGGCGGCGCGCCUCGUCCUCCGCUGCCUCGCGCGCCGCCGCGCGGCGCGGGUGGAUGAGCCCAAGCUCCCGUGCAGCGCCGCCGACGCCGCGGGCGCCGGAGUAGCGGCAGGCGCCCCCGGCGCAGCAGGGGAGUGGGGCGAGGCGGAGUGCGCCAUCUGUCUGUCGGAGCUGGCGGGCGGCGGGCGCGUCCGCGUGCUCCCGGCGUGCGGGCACGGGUUCCACGGCGCCUGCGUGGAGGGCUGGCUCGCGGCGCGCGCGUCGUGCCCCACCUGCCGCGCGCCGUCGCGGGCGGGCGAGCCGUAGCCGGACGGAGCCAGGCUGCUGCAGCGCCGCCGUGCCUUCGUCACUCACACCGGGCUCUGUCUGGGACACAGACAAGAAAGCGACGGCAAGUACGUUCUGCUGGAGCAAGCUCCGCUCCGGUGCUCCCAUCCAUGCCUCCUGUCCAUGGUGUUCGUUUCAUUAUCGCUAAUGGCAACGGAAAUUUGCCGCCACCUGCUACAUGUGAUCAGAUCGAAUUGAAUCAAUUAUUCGUACUGCAUGUCUCAUGCCGCCGAGCUCCGCAGCUCGUGCUGUGGGAUUUGGUUGUGCUAGAAAUUGACUGCAAUUAUGCACGCCAAUUAGGGCUCGUCGUCUCAGCGCAGUGCGGAGGUGACAGCGCAUGCCGCCGCCCCGGAUUCCCUGGAGACAGACAGGGAGGGUGACGACGAGAGCUUGGAAAGAUGACAAAGGGGGUGUUCGUUUCCGGGUACCUAAAUUUUAGAGGGGUCACAUC